UUUUUUUUUAUCAAUACAAUGUCCCGCCUUUAUUCACCUUCAGAAUGGGUAGCACCUUUAGUGCCUAUUGCUUCUUUAGCUAUACUUCCUUUAGGUCCACUCUUCUUUCCCCGUUUCUAUCUUGUUGUCUUGUGUAUUUAUUUUACAGUCUUUCUUUAUACACAAGUAAACCAUGUCUGCAAGUUCUUUCUAACCUCGCGUAAAAUACGAAUGACAAUCCGCAAAUGGAAUAAACGCCUCGACAAACAAAUACUUACCAAUAGUGGAAAUAAAAAACAGGACACAGAAAUCAUAAAGGAACAAAUCGCAUCUAUAGACAGCGAAGACGAGACAUUAGACGAUAUUGAAGAAAAGCUACAGUACUAUGAAGAUACUCAUUACUUUCAUGCUUUCAUUGUUCCCAAUUAUUGUGAACCCGAAGGUCUAUUAAAAGAUACGAUUCAACGCCUUGCAAGCCACAGUACUGCGUCAACACAUUAUGGACUUAUUUUAGCCAUGGAACAAUCAGAACCUGGUUGGGAAGAGAAAGCACAUCGUCUUCAAAGUUUUUUCAGUGAUCAGUUUGCACAAAUCAUCAUUACGGGACAUCCUUCCGAUAUUCCAGGUGAAAGUAGAGGAAAAGGAUCAAAUGUUGCUUAUGCAGCACGUCAUGGAUGUAGAGAACUUGUUGAGAAAUAUCGCAUUGAUGCUAGUCUUAUUAUAAUCACCGUGUCUGAUUCAGACUCUGCUAUUCCUGAAUUAUACGUGCGAGAAGUAGAGGAAGCCCUAAAUCGAUCCGAAGAUCCGUAUCAUUUGUUGUGUGCACCGCCCAUCUUUUUUUCUCGUAAUUGCUUUGACGUUCCUGCAGCUGUUCGAAUCACUGACAUUACUUGGUCUGCUAUGGUCAUGUCGAACCUAAGUAACAGUCGAGGCAUGUGUAUUCCUUGCAGUAAUUAUUCGCUUUCAAUGGAACUGGCUGACAAAGUUGACUAUUGGGAUACAGAUGCGGAUGCAGUAGGGGAAGAUAUGCACAUGUGGCUUAAAUGCUUUUGGAAAACACAAGGACAAGUGCGUACGGCACCUAUCUAUGUGCCUAUCAAUCUAACCAACGUCCAGACAGAAGGUUAUCUAUCAAAUGUCAGUGCUCGUUAUGUUCAAGCAAAACGCCACUACAAUGGCGUAGCCGAUGUGGCGUAUACACUUAAAAAUGCCUUCCAAUCAUCGUCAUCUUCUAUCAGUUUAUUUGAAAGACUCCAAGUGUGCUUUAUCAUUUUGGAAGCGCAUAUGGUACCUGCUACUUCUGGAUGGCUUAUGUUUGCCGCUAUACCCCUGAUGCAGUUUAUUCUGUUUCCGCCUUUUGCUUCUUUGGCAUUAAUUUCGCCUUCUGACAAUCCAAUCUUGACAAGCGAAUUCUUUGGCCAUCUAUGGAGCUUUAUUAAGAUGAUCACAUUAUGCUUACCAUUGCCAUUAUUUGGUACCUUGGCCGUGUACGAGCAACUACACCGUGCUAUUGACCGCGAAUUCUUAAACAAAUCAAAACAAGAAACCCGAACGUGGUCGAAUUUAAUUGAUUACAUUAAUUUACCAGUGGCUGCUUGGCUGUUCAUGACAUUGCCUUCUACUUUGGCUUGUGUUAAGCGCUUGUUGAAUCGAAAAGAAAAAUAUAUUACAUCUGAAAAGCUAUUUCGAGAUAAUAACGGUUUAGCUUUGGAGCCAUUAUCAGCAUAGGCUCCUCUUUUUAUGUAAUAAAUAUCUUAAGCAAUUAUGGCCUACCUGAAAUUUUGGGUUCAACGUCAUUGGUACCAAGAUCAUUAACAUCGUGUUAGGGUCCGGCAUAAAUUUCGAGGUGACGAGUGAGAUCAUUAGUAAGAAAAGAGCAAGGAUGAACUUUAAGGAGAAAUACAUUUUUAGGUCUGGGUAAUGUAUAGAGUCUUGAUUGUACCUUGUUUAAUAAAGAUAAAUUUUUCGGUUGAGGUUCAUUAAUGUCCUUAUGCA